ACUGCGCGCGCGCUGGCUGGUUUCGGGGCUGGCAGCGUUCUUUCGGGUCCGCAGCGGCUUCGCUCCCCGCCCGCACUCGACCGCCCGCCGGCGUCUGUCUCUAACGGAGUCCCCGGCUCAGUUGAGGCCUACUUCCCCCUUCCUCCUUCUCUAGCGACAUGGCGCGGCCGUCCGUGCCCAGCUCUCAGAAGGCGCUACUGUUGGAACUGAAGGGGCUUCAGGAGGAGCCCGUGGAGGGCUUCCGAGUCAGCCUGGUGGACGAGGGGGAUCUCUACAACUGGGAGGUGGCCAUCUUCGGGCCCCCCAAUACCCACUACGAGGGUGGCUACUUCAAAGCUCGUCUCAGGUUCCCCAUCGACUACCCUUAUUCACCACCUGCCUUCAGAUUCCUGACAAAGAUGUGGCAUCCUAACAUAUAUGAGACUGGAGAUGUUUGCAUCUCCAUCCUUCACCCACCGGUGGACGACCCGCAAAGUGGGGAGCUGCCUUCAGAAAGGUGGAAUCCUACUCAGAACGUGAGGACGAUCCUCCUCAGUGUGAUCUCGCUGCUCAAUGAACCGAACACAUUCUCUCCGGCCAAUGUCGAUGCUUCUGUGAUGUACAGGAAAUGGAAGGAGAGCAAAGGGAAGGAUCAGGAAUAUACAGAUAUCAUCAGGAAGCAAGUCCUUGGAACCAAGGUGGAUGCCGAACGCGAUGGAGUCAAGGUCCCCACCACGCUGGCAGAGUACUGCGUGAAAACAAAGACUCCCGCGCCGGAUGAAGGCUCUGACCUCUUCUACGAUGACUAUUACGAGGACGACGAGAUGGAGGACGAAGUUGACAGUUGCUACGGCGACGAGGACGACUCCGGCAAUGAGGAAUCUUGAUGAGGGAUGCCUCCCGGGGGCCCUCCUCCCUCUUCUCCCCCUCCCCUUUUGCACCGCUGCCUCCUGAGGGGAGCAAUAAACUUAUCUUGACUUUUUUUGGUACUUGAACCCAGGAGGCAACAGCCGGCUGAGACAUAGAACCCUGUUUAGCCCUGAGGCAAAACUCUCUACCUCAAAAAAAGGGAGACUCAGCUUCUGCUUGUGGGGGCGGGGUGGGGGGGUGUGCCACGGGACAACUCCGCGUCAGGCGCGCCUGGCAGGAUCUGCAGUCCUGGGUCUUCUCCAGCUGGGAGAGCGGAAAGAGAGGGUAGCCAUUCCUACAGACCCAUCCCUGGUUGUUGCUGGAAAUCAAGUGGGUGGUUCUACCGGGACUGAGGAGAACACAAAGGAUGUUGCUUCCCAGCCCCACGAGGCUGUCAAACGGCACAGUGUCUGUGUGUGUGUGCGCGUGCUAUUUUUUCAAAUGCCACAUUAUUUUGGGAGAAUUUGUAGCAAGGGCUGUUUAGGAAAGCAAGGUGGGCAGAGUAGAUGGUUGAGCACAUUGACUGUAGUUUGAACUCCCCCCUCCCCCCCCCUUUAAAAAGUUUAAGUAAUUCUCAUUGGAGCCCUUCUGAAAUUGCAGUGCCACUUUCAGCCACUGGAGGACACUUGUGUUCUGCUGCCAAGUUCUAGAUGGUCUAAAGUCCUCUAACUGCUUGGGGAGUGGGAUCCUGCCCCCAAAACUUGUGGGGUUUUUUUUUGGGGGGGGGGUCAUUUGCAACUGGGAUAUAUUAGGAAACCAGAGGGUCUGUAAGAAAGAGGUGGGAGUUCAUGGUCAGACAAUGAUGAGGGGGGCUUUUUUUGUCAACACAGAGUGGGAGUUCUUGCUUUUGUGGUCUUAUUUUCCCCCUCUUGG